AUGAGAAAGAAGAAAAAGAAUCAAAAUAAGGACGGACGUGAACACGCAGCAAAGCUUCGAGCAGCUAAACGCGAGAGCUGUCGGAGUUGUGGUGGACCCAAUUCAAUCAGUGAAGGGGAAAGUGGUGAUGGACUGCUUCCGGCUCAUAAACCCUCACCUCGACAGGAGCCGCGGCAGACAACUUCGAACAUUGGCCACUUGUCGCGCCCCACAAUAACAGCUCUGGUCCACGGACUUAACCGAAAUUAUUAUUCAAUUGCAAUUAACUGCCGCAAAGGCGAACUCGAACACCAAAUGCUGGCCAACCUGCACACCAACAAGUGGAGCGACGCCCUCAAACUCAAGAACUACCAAGAGCACCAGGAGGAGCGGGAGGAAAGCAUCGCGGCGCUGAAGGAGCUGAGCUGUCGAUACACCUCAAUGAUUGAAGAAGAAAUAAAAAAGAAACCCGAACAACUUCUCGUUGACAGAGCUGGACAAAUAGAUGCAAAAAUGCGGAUUCAGCAAACCCUAGAUCAGCUGAUGACGGACACGCUGCUGCAGUCCCUCGGCAGCAUGAUCUCCACGCUCGUCUUCUAA